AAGGGUGCGAAGGAGGGGGGGCACGACGCACAAACGCAGCUGGCCAUAUUGCACACCAGCUCCGCGCAAAUCGGCUGCGUCACAUCUAAGAAAAACACGCACACGCAGCAAGGCUGGAACGAGAAAAGCCAAGGCAUCCAGGGAGGAAGCGCACUGGUUCAUAACGCGACUCGGCAGAGCUGGGCAAAAAUGGUGAAACUGGGGAAUAAUUUCGCCGAGAAAAACAACGGGAAGGCGGCAUCUGAGGACGGAUUUGACACCAUCCCUCUCAUCACACCGCUAGAUGCCAGCCAGCUGCAGUUCCCCCCAACGGAUAAGGUGGUUGUGAAGACAAAGGCAGAAUAUGACGGUGAGAGCAAGAAGGGAAAGCUACGGUCCCCUAAAAUCGCAGAGUUCUCAAUAAGCAUCAUCGAAGGUGUCUCCGAGCGGCUCAAAGUGACCCUGCUGGUGAUCUGCGCCCUGGCCUUCCUGGUGUGUGUGGGGUUCCUGGUCGUCUACAAGCUCUACCAGUAUGAUCAGCCGUGUCCUGACAGCUUCAUUUACGUGCAAGGCCACUGCAUGCCGACCGGGCUCUACGGGAACUACCCCCCUCAGGGCCCCGGGGGCCGCGGGCGCCUCUUCACCCUCAUCAACCGCUACAACAUGGCCAAGCAGACGAUCACUCGGUCGGUUUCUCCGUGGGUGACCAUCAUGUCUGAGGAGAAGGUGACCCAGCAGGAGAUGGAGACCGCCCAGAAGCUGGCCUAAGACUUCGCUGGGAUCAGGUGGCCUCGCGCCUUUUCUGCAGAAAAAUAAAUAAAUAAAAAUAACACGGCUGUGCCAUUCAAGCAAACCUCGAAUCCUGUGGAUGAAAAACAAAACAAAACCGCAAACAAACAAAAACAUCUUAUCUUGCCUGAGGUGCUAUGCUGCCUUGUUGAUGUAGUUUGGUCAGCCGAUGUGUACAGUAGCUGGAAAUAUGUGGAGGUUUAGAGCACGUCAUCAGCACGGCGAGGCUCAGUUUGGUGGAUUCACGAUUUCCUUGAAUAGCAUUCGUCGCUUAUUUAUUUACACGACAAAACGAAGUGGUUGGCACCGAAGAAACACGAGCACCGUCUUUGUACAUACACACCCAUAUAAAGAAGCUCACUUUAGUACUGAGAUCGCGAGCCAUUCUGUGUCUGCGUCGCCUGUCUGAGCGCACAUGCACGCGCGACUCGACCGGUUUGCUUCGAAUCUCGUUUUUGGGCACCGACGGCCGCUUUUCACACCUCCGUUCCGUCCUUCUCACAAACUUGGUGCCGUUUCCCUCCCUCUCUCUGCCCCUCCUCCCCCAUCGAUUUCAUCUGUGCAGAAACAUUUUAAUGUCAUGAUAUUGUGAAACGUUAAGCCUUGACCUAACAGAAAUGUACCAGCAAAAGAAAUAUUUUAAACUGCGUUGUUUUGAGUCCUCUUAUUUGGACUUCUUAAUGAUUGUUCCCACGUUACAUGGACAGCAGACGCUUUUCUUUGCUGGCUUACUGUGUACCUUAACUACUUGCUUUUCAUAGCACAACUUUAAUGCUGUACUGAAUGUUGUUUUUUUUGUUGUUUUUUUGCAAGUGAAGACACUGUAUUGUGCGGCGCUUUGCUUUGAUUAAUGUCACCACAGACGACGAUUCGCAGCCGUCAGAAACUAGUUUUAGCCUGACGUAGUGGAACAAUCUGAACCUAGUGGCUUGUCCUGUUGCUUUUCCUUUCUCCUCUCUGUAUUUGCCAUUUAACUCGAACUGUCCCGAUACAUGUACCUUUUUUUUUUUUUCCAAGCAAUGUGAUGACUACAAUUAAAGUGCAUUAGCCACAUGAAAAUGUUAAAUGAACAAAUGAAAUAAAGUGCUUUCAUUUCAAGCUGA